AGCGGCCCCGGCGAGGGCCUAUCAGGGGCGGGCGGGCGCGCCGGGCGCCGGGGCCGGUUUGACGGAAGGAGCGGCGGCGGAGGAGGAUGGAGGCGGUGGUGUUCGUCUUCUCUCUCCUCGACUGUUGCGCGCUCAUCUUCCUCUCGGUGUACUUCAUAAUUACAUUGUCCGAUUUAGAAUGUGAUUACAUUAAUGCUAGAUCAUGUUGCUCCAAAUUAAACAAGUGGGUCAUUCCUGAACUGAUCGGCCACACCGUCGUCACCGUGUUAAUGCUCAUCUCAUUGCACUGGUUCAUAUUCCUUCUCAACCUGCCCGUUGCCACUUGGAAUAUAUAUCGGUUCAUUAUGGUGCCGAGUGGUAACAUGGGAGUGUUCGACCCGACAGAGAUCCACAAUCGGGGUCAGCUGAAGUCGCACAUGAAGGAAGCCAUGAUCAAGCUUGGUUUCCACUUGCUCUGUUUCUUCAUGUAUCUUUACAGUAUGAUCUUGGCUCUGAUAAACGACUGAGGCUGCGGGCGCCGCGUCCGGAGCCGGCCCACACCACCGUGCGUCGUCGGGGAGCCAGAGACCACGUGGAUCAUCCUGAGAACCGUGACCAUAGCAGUAUAUUUUUUCCUCUUUGAACAAAAUAAAAUAUUUUUGCUGUAUUUUUACCAUAUAAAGUAUUUAAAAAACA